GUUGUUCGAGCCUAUAGUGAGCUAGAUCCCAACGCAUGUUACUGCCAGAGCCGGAGCUGACAACGUCAGAUCCCGACGCAACCGAGCCUACAGUGAGCCUGCAACGAUGCAUACCAGCCGCAGCUGCUGCAGAGCCAUGCGAGGGCCAUGACGCCAGGCUUCAAGCCCUUCUUCACAAUAGCAUCCGUUGAUUCAAAGGAGAAAUGGCGAAUGAGGAAAGAAGCAGAGGUGGAUAGAGAAAUGUAGAGUUUGUCUCAAGCCCUUGGGGCUUGAGACAAACCCAGAUCUGGGUUUGAAGUGUUUGUUUUGAUGAAGAAGCAACAACAGUAGCAGCUAAAACUGAUGAGUGGAAGAAAGCAUGAAGGCUCAC